AUGUUCUCCUCCAUCUUAGCGGGCGCUCGGGCUCGGCCGCGCCUUGGUCGUGUGACCACGUCAGCCAGAUGUUUCUACACAUCAAAGACAAACGCACCGAACCGGACUAGAAACAUCAUUAUUGGAGGCGUGAUCAGUGCCCCGGCUUUUUGGUGGGCAUCGUCUUCUCGGGACAGCCACAAGGUGCCGCGAUUAGAUAGUUCCCCGACUGACCAACUGUCUUUUGAGCCAAGCCUUUCAAAAAACGAAGUGACCCAGAUAAUUACACAAAAUGCCUAUUCGAAGGCUGUUCAUACCGUGCCUGGUGUCAAGAAGUACGAAGGCACUCAAGUGGCCUCUAACAGUCCCUGUGAGGAUCGCUUCUUUCAUGGCCAGCUACCAUCCCCGCUCAAGGAUGGGGAGCAAUGGAUGGCCUGGGCCGUUUUUGACGGGCAUGCAGGCUGGCAAACGGCAGAGCUUCUGAAACAUAAACUUCUGCCAUAUGUGCGACAUAGUCUAGAGCGGCUUGAAUCUCCUCCUGGCGGGGAGGGCCUGCCACAAGACAUGGUCCAGCGAGCACUUGUAGAAGCGUUUUCGAACCUCGAUGUCUCAAUUUUUAAGACAGCUGAGGAAGCAUCUCGAAGCAAUGAACCACUACAGGAAAGAGUUAGGAAAAUGGAGCCCGCGUUUGCAGGGUCAUGCGCUUUACUAUCACUUUACGACUCUAGCACAGGCACACUGCAUGUGGCCUGUACCGGCGACUCUAGAGCUGUGCUGGGUCAACAAAGACAUGAUGGCAGUUGGGAAGCUAUUCCUUUAUCGGUUGAUCAAACGGGAAGCAACGAAGAGGAAAUUGCAAGACUGCAGAAAGAACAUCCCAAUGAAGAUACUAUGGUCAAAGACGGACGGGUAUUAGGCCUGAUGGUAUCUCGCGCUUUCGGUGACAGUCGGUGGAAGUGGUCUUUGGAGUUCCAAAAAGAGAUGCAAGAACGGUUCUACGGACCCGCACCCUUAACGCCUAGAUAUGAUGUUCAAACGCCACCGUACAUCACUGCAGAGCCUGUAGUGACCAGUACGAAGAUUGAUCCUAGUAAACCGUCUUUCUUGAUCAUGGCAAGCGAUGGAUUGUGGGAUAGUUUGUCCAACGGACAGGCAGUCGGGUUAGUGGGCAAAUGGCUAGGAUCUCCAAAUGGAGAAACAGGAAAGAGCCAUCAGUCUACACAGACAGAUAAACCUCUUGAUUUUGACCUGCUUCAGAAAAACGGACAGGAGAGGUUCAUAGAGGAGCGGACGACCAUUGAAGAUAAGAAUGCAGCAGUACAUUUGACUCGCAAUUCUCUCGGUGGGAACAACCACGAGUUAAUCGCAGGGCGACUUGCUCUUGGCUCUCCGUUUUCCCGAUAUGCACGCGACGAUAUUACUGUUCAGGUCGUUUUCUUCCAUGACCUAGAUCACGGAAAAAAGUCUCUCAAGUUGAGAGCACCAGUCGCUCCAGCUAUGGCGCAGACCAUACCACGCGUUGGUGCACCACUUUACCCACAUGAGAGUCAUGGUAGUAAAUGA